AUGGCAAACAAGUUUUACCAAGCCCGCUUCAGACAUGGCAAGAUUCCCCCUACACCCUCUGAUGGGUACCUGGCGCCCUGUAGCGACGAGGACGUUGCCGGCGAUGGCAUACUUGACGACAUCCGAAACAACAACAAGACCAACUUUGUCAAUGCAGUCCACGCUUGCGUUCUCACCCGGCCGGGUAUCACAUAUGCUGACCUCCAAAACUUCCUCGUGGACCAUGGCGUCAAUUGCACUCAGCCUGUGGUUGAUGCAAGCGAAGUAGAUAUCAAUGUACAGCAAACCCUCACGGACCUACAAGGCAGCAUCGAAAAGAUCUACCCUAUUCACUUGGACUUCCUCCCAUCCACCACUGACGUGGGCACACGCCGGCGACUCCAUGCCAUAGUCCCGAGCAAGCAUCUAGUGGCAGCAGGCCACGUCAUUUCGCGCAACCAACUUCCCGCAGGCACAGGGACUGAAUCCCAAUCUACUGUCCCAACAGAUGACUGCGAUGCAUUCACUGGCUGGCUCGUUGAGGGUGACCCCGUCACCCCAGGCUCUCCAAACGCUAAUGGCCAGCCACCGUUGGCGGUGGCUGCUCCUAAGGAGAACACCAUCUCGGUCGGUUCUGGAGCCGACCAAAGCUGUGCCUCGUCAGAGCUUCACGCUCCCUCGCCGACAGCACCGAGCCCGCUUAUCCUCCCAGCACAACCCGCGGUGCCGACCCAAUCAUUGGCUCUGAGAAACAACACCGCUGUCUUCACGAUGUCGGCGAGCUUCAACGUCAAUGCAUACAGCUCAGUUAGCGCCAAUGCCCACUCCGAGUCCGUCGUCAAGGACGCAGGUGGUCUGGUCCUCCCGGAGAUCAUCUCGAGCGACAGUGAGCUCUGGGCGCAGGCGAAGCGUGCGAUCAUUCAAAGACUCCGGUUGACAAACGUCGGCUACGGAGCGUCGGCGGGGAUACGAUGCAUACUCGACCCACCACCACUGAUGGGUUGGAUGGGAGGCUACACCUUGGGACGCUUCCGCAACUGCUGCAGCCGCAUAGUCAAGGCGGCGAACCCAGCUGGCGCACAACAUAGGCUCGACGCACACCAGAUCAUGGCAAAGAUGGGGCUAAGGCCGAACGAAGGAGGCUUCGACCCAGCCGCUUCCACGAAGAUCGCGAAUUCCCUCAACCACAUGAUCAAGCACAUGAUGUGGGCAUUCGACCUCGUCAAGAUGCAGAAGAACAACUACGAACACUUUGUUCCGGCGGACCGAUACCGAUUCACGAGAAUGCUGGGGCUCAUGCCAGACGGCAAAAUUCCUAUCGAAUUUGAUAUCAUCUCGACCGAUGGCCCGAACAAGGGUCAGAAAAUCGGGCUGUGGAAAGGAACCCUGGAUCAGCUCUCAUGGGACAAAGGCGAUCAACGCAAGAUCCCGAACAAUAUACAAUGUGAGCUGCUUGUGAAGGAGAUCUUCGGCGAGGUGGAGGCCGACGACAGAGCGAACCUUGUGAGACUGGGCAGCGUGGAAGUGAGAGAGUGCUUCGCAGAUGAGAACGUCGACCUGAGGGCUUGUUACGAGAAAGUACUAGCAUUGAGGGGUUAG